UUUGUUCCCAAGAUGGAAAUUAUUUUCCUCUAACUCUUUUGCUACGUCAUUUCACAAUUUAAGUUUUCUAGUUCUUUUGUCGUCAAAGUAAGUACUUUUUUCCUCUCUUAAGGACAAGAUUAAAUGAGUUGCUUCAUUAUCCAUUUCAGAAGGCUUCUUCUUUGUCCAUUUCAUAUCAUUAAUAGACAGUUGAAUGGUCGAGUCAUUUUCAUUGUGGGACAUAGACCACAUAGAUUGAAAAUCAUUCUGAGGUUGAUUUUCGGACUCAUUGUGCUCAUGCUGAGACCCCAAUGGACACAGAUAAAAUAUAUUGCUCUGCAGCAGCCAUUCAAAAGUAAAUUGGCUGUUUCAAGGUCUUUAACGCAGACCUCGUAGUCUACGCCUUCAUAAUUUAAAGUUAGAUGAAAUUGCUCCAUCUUAUUUUCAAUUUAAUAAGGAACUGCAAAACUGUUCAUUAAUCGCGCAUAUAACCUCACAUCCUCACAAGUACGACGAAAAUAUCCAAUACCCGCCAAAAUCCUAACUUGUCACAUUUCAAAUAAUAACCAGAAAUAUAAAACUGCUCCGGAGUUGGGUAAAUACCAC